AUGGGGAGCGUUUUCCUUCCUCAUUUGCGUACCGGUUGGCAUGUUGACCAGGCAAUUGUUACAGAGACAGAAAGAUUAGUUGUUAUUAGAUUCGGUCGCGAUUGGGAUAAGCAAUGUAUGAUCAUGGAUGAAAUGUUAUACUCAAUAGCUGAAAAGGUUAAAAAUUUCGCGGUAAUCUAUCUGUGUGAUAUCGAUGAAGUGCCAGAUUUCAAUGACAUGUAUGAAUUACAAGAUCCAAUGACUGUAAUGUUCUUCUACCGAAAUAAACAUAUGAUGUGUGAUUUUGGUACUGGUGAUAACAAUAAGAUGAAUUUUUUAGUGGAUGAUAAGCAAGAACUUAUUGAUAUUAUUGAAUGUAUCUUUAGAGGUACUAGAAAGAACAAAGGUCUUGUCACCUCUCCUUAUGACUACAAUCAUAGAAGAGUUUCUGAGGGCGGUAGAGCCGCAGUUUAG